AUGGAAACAACAGCAACGAAGCCAAACCUCGUGAGCAAUAUUCUGGUACGCCUGCUUUCCUUUGGCGUUCUGGUGCUCCUGGCGCGCUCCGCUUACAUCAUCACCGUCAAAGGCAGAGCUUGCGACUUCGCCGGUGACUUCUGUUUCUUCCCUGAUACCCCAAAGCACACGACCCCUUCCUCUGCGGCGUCCGCCACCCGUCUCCGCAAUUAUUACUCCUCCGUCUUUCAAGAUUUGAUAUCCGAAGGCUUCCUUUCCCCUGACUCCAAAUCUCUCUGCAUCGAAACCCUAACAGGUCAGGACGUUGUCGCAUUGCAAGAUAUUGGAGUCAUUAACUCCGUCGGAAUUUCAAAGAAAGCAUCUCCGCCGUUGGUUCGUUAUGGUCCAGCUUUUCGUCAACCGUUCCCUGAUAACACCUUUGAUUUUGAGUUUUCCGGCGAUUCCGUCCUGGACCGCACUGUUAAACCCGUCGAAUUUGCUUCUGAAGUUUCAAGAACGCUCAAACCCGGGGGCUUCUUUGUCGUCCACACCUCGUCAAAAGAUCAGUAUAGUCUCAAUUCCUUGCUUGAAUUAUUCAAUUCUUGUAGAUUAAUUCGAUCACGCGAAAUUAACGCUGUAGAUUCAUCUUCCCCUUGGAUUCGUGAAGUUGUCUUAAGGAAAGAGGAUGGAGUAGUUGUUAAUGGAAAGAAAGAACAAUUCAUUCGUGGAUCAUCUGUAAAUAGGUGCAAUGUGCCAGGGUAUAUACAUGAAUUAAUCUCGAAUGCUGAGCCCUUGCUUGUGGAAGAGCCGUUGAAACCUUGGCUAACAUUGAAAAAGAAUAUGAAGAAUGCAAAAUAUCUGUCCUCACUAGUCGAUAUUCGCUUCAAGAAUAGGCAUGUGUAUGUAGACGUUGGAGCUAGGAACUAUGGUUCAAGCAUUGGCAGUUGGUUUAAGAAGCAGUAUCCCAAGCAGAAUAAGACGUUUGAAAUCUACGCCAUUGAGGCGGAUAGGGCUUUUCAUGAAGAGUACAGGUCAAAAAAAGGGGUGAAACUUUUGCCUUAUGCAGCUUGGGUGAGGAAUGAGACCCUGUUUUUUGAGAUAAACCGGGAACCACGUAAGAUGAACGUGGAGAGAGGAAGAGGGAUGGGGAGGAUUCAAGGUGUGCAAUCCUCAAGUAAUUUUCUAGGUGAUUCUGAUAAGAUUCAGGGGUUUGAUUUUGCUGGUUGGUUGAAGAGUACAGUAUCAGAGAGGGACUAUGUGGUGGUGAAAAUGGAUGUAGAAGGAACUGAAUUUCAUCUGAUCCCUAGGUUAUUUGAGACUGGAGCAAUUUGUUUGAUUGAUGAGAUGUUUCUUGAGUGCCAUUAUAGUAGAUGGCAGAGGUGUUGCCCUGGAGUGAGGAGCUCUAAGUAUCAGAAGACGUAUUCUCAAUGCCUGGACCUGUUUUAUUCUCUGAGGAAGAGUGGAGUUCUGGUGCAUCAAUGGUGGUGA